GUGUGUGUGUGUGUGUGUGUGUGUGUGUGGUUGUCUAGGCGAUGAACUGUGUUCCAUCGUCGUUCCUCAGCAGAGAGAGGAGGAGUGAGGUCAUCAUGAGAGGAGCCGUGGCGUCAGAGAAGGAGGCUCUGCUGCUGGGCGUCAUCUCCACCUUCCUCCAUGUUCAUCCGUUUGGAGCCAACCUGGAGUAUCUGUGGUCCUACAUCCAGAGACUGGACUCUAAGGUGUCCCCGGUGGAACUGGAGCGUCUCAUGGUUCGUCUCCCCAGCAUGUUCCGAGUGGAGCUGAGUGGCGUCGGAGCGACUUUAGAGAAGCGAUGGAAGUUCUGCGGCUUCGAAAGCCUCGGGUCAGCGUGACACAGGAAAAACGCACACGUGUGUGUGUGAAUGUGUGUGCGGGCGUCCGUCUGUCCUGAAUCCUGUUGGAUGUAUCAGCAUGUUGGACACUGAGGAGGAGACAGACUUGGACUCACUGCUGGACUCACUGAGAUGGACUCGUUGGGUUCACCUGAUCUUCCUCUUGAUCCUGGAUCCUAGUCCUCGGCAGUCUGGUCUCGGGGACAUCUGGAUCAGAAAGAGAGAGGAGUUAUACCAAAGUUGAUCUUUUAUACGUUUGGUUUCAGAGAAACAGUUUCCUUUCUCUACAAAAUAAGAGCGUCCGUGGCCUCCUUUACCACAAAAUAAGAGCGUCCUUCUAUUAUUGUGUGUUGGACAUGUUGAGACCUGAUGGACUACGGGACACGUCGUCCCUCUUUGGGACACUCUAGGAUUUGUAAACAUUGCAGAAAAAUUCUUUACAACCAUUAAAACAUCAUAUUUAAAAACACAAAGGAUCUUCAAUAACAAACAAACAAUACGAGUAAAAGACCUCAGUCAAAUAUUAAAAAUUCAGACAUUUAUUACAAUUUAUUAACAAUCAAAAAUAUAUAUAUUUGAUAUUACUAUUAUUAUUAUUAUAUUAU